AACUCAGUGCAAAUGAGGAGGAACCUGAAAUUGAGCUCAAGGUACUUCGGCCCCUACAAAAUAAUCGAAAUGUGGGUCAAGUAGCCUAUAAAUUGGAACUUCUAGAGGGAUCCAAGGUCCACCCUGUGUUCCAUGUAUCUCUUUUAAAGGGAAAACUGGGAGAAGGUAACUCAUCUGUUGCAGAUCUGCCGGAGACGGGAGAAGAUGGCCUCUUCAAGGCAAACCCCACCGAGAUCCUCGACCGUCGAGACGGUGUUGAUUACGGAUGUUGUUUCGCUAUAAGUGACCUAUUUGAUAGUUGUGACGAAGCUGUUAAAUGGGCAAAAAGCAUUGCAAUAAUAUGGCGUUUCCAGUUGGUGAUCUCGAGAAAUUUAGAUAACGGAGGAAAAGAGUUGAGGUGUCAUCGAGGGGAACGUUACAAAGGUACUGCAGGAAAAGUAGAAAAUUUCGUUAAGGCUGUUAUGAGAAAAUCGAAAACAAAAUCCAUCGGCUGCCCUUUUAUUAUAAACGUCAAACGUGAUGCAACAUCCAAAAAAUUUUGUAUCUCGGUUCCUUUAGAUGACGAGAAGGGGACGCAUAAUCAUGCGUUUGCUGUGAAUCCCGAGGGUCAGCGACAGAUGAGCGGACUCAGCGAUCCAUCCAGAGAGAUUGUCCGUGAUAUGAGUUCUGCUCAGGCACCACCGGCAGUAAUUCUGGCUGCAAUUCAGGAGAAACACCCUAUGGGCAACGCGACUAUCCGACAAGUGUAUAAUUAUAAAGCUAAUUUGCGGAAAGAAAGUUUGGAGGGGAGAGAUGUGGCUGGGCAGCUUCUGCAUUUGGCUACGGUCAGCAAGUACAUAGUUUAUACUGACGUUAAUCCGAACACACAGGCAUUGACACAUGUGUUUAUGUCGCAUCCACAAGCAGCCAGUCUAUUCCGGACAUAUUACUUGUAUGUCG